AUGGCCGCGGCGGGCAGCGGCGUGGCGGCGGCGGCGGCGGCGGAGGCGGGGGCGGCGUUCAGCACCGCGAACAGCGGCCGGGUGAACGGGCUGAGCCGCCCGCCCGGCGCCAUCGCCAUGAAGGAUCACGACGCCAUCAAGCUCUUCGUGGGGCAGAUCCCGCGUAACCUGGAGGAGAGCGACCUCAAGCCGCUCUUCGAGGAGUUCGGCCGCAUCUACGAGCUCACCGUCCUCAAGGAUCGCUUCACCGGCAUGCACAAAGGCUGUGCCUUCCUCACCUACUGCGCCCGCGACUCGGCCCUGAAGGCGCAGAGCGCCCUGCACGAGCAGAAGACGCUGCCGGGGAUGAACCGCCCCAUCCAGGUGAAGCCGGCCGACAGCGAGGGCCGAGGAGAAGACAGGAAGCUCUUUGUGGGCAUGCUGGGGAAGCAGCAGAGCGAGGACGACGUCCGGCGCCUCUUUGAGCCCUUCGGCCAGAUCGAGGAGUGCACCAUCCUCCGAGGGCCCGACGGAGCUAGCAAAGGUUGUGCCUUUGUGAAAUACGGCAGCCACGCCGAGGCGCAGGCUGCCAUCAACAGUCUGCACGGCAGCCAAACCAUGCCGGGCGCCUCGUCCAGCCUGGUGGUGAAGUUUGCGGACACGGAUAAGGAGAGGACCCUGCGGCGGAUGCAUCAGAUGGCGGGGCAGCUGGGCAUCUUCAACCCCAUGACCAUCCAGUUCGGCGCCUACGGGGCCUAUACGCAAGCGAUCAUGCAGCAGCAGGCGGCCCUGAUGGCGGCCGCGCAGGGGACCUGCCUGAACCCCAUGGCCGCCAUCGCCGCCGCCCAGAUGCAGCAAAUGGCCGCCUUCAACGUCAGUGGGCUGGUGGCCGCCCCCCUCACCCCCUCUUCAGGUACGAGCACCCCACCUGGCAUCAGCACGGCGCCCGUGCCCAGCAUCGCCACGCCGAUCGGGGUGAACGGCUUCAGCCCGCUGCCGCCGCAGACCAACGGGCAGCCCGCCUCGGAGACCAUCUACACCAACGGCAUCCACCCCUACCCAGCUCAAAGCCCCACGGUGGCAGAUCCCCUCCAGCAAGCCUACGCAGGCAUGCAGCACUAUGCAGCAGCGUAUCCCACCGCCUACGCACCCAUCAGCCAAGCCUUUCCCCAGCAAGCGCCCAUCAUCCCGCAGCAGCAGCGAGAAGGUCCCGAAGGCUGUAACCUGUUUAUUUAUCACCUGCCCCAGGAGUUCGGGGACGCGGAGCUCACGCAGAUGUUCUUGCCUUUCGGCAAUGUCAUCUCUGCCAAAGUCUUUGUGGACCGUGCCACCAACCAGAGUAAAUGCUUUGGUUUCGUCAGUUUUGACAAUCCGACGAGCGCUCAGGCAGCCAUUCAGGCCAUGAACGGCUUCCAGAUCGGCAUGAAGAGGCUAAAAGUCCAGCUAAAGCGGCCGAAAGAUGCCAACAGACCCUACUGACCCCUGCUCACCCUGGCCCUGCGGAGAGGUCGGGCGUCCCGCGGUGUCUGACGACUUUCCCCUUCCCCAAGUGCAGUAUCCAAACCCGUAACUCUCUUUCUUUGCAACACAUCCCGGAGGAGGAAGAA